AUGGCAUUCCUUCAAAACUUCCAUUUAAGUCCCGGUCAAACUAUCAGAUCCACGCGAGGUUUCAAAUGGAAUACAGCCAAAACUCCAAACAAUGAGCUAGAUCAAUCUAGUCCGAACUUGCUCGACCAUGAUAGCCCGUUGUUUUCGACUCCACAAAAAAAAGUGCAAAAUGGCAACAUUACAGACUUCAAUUACACACCUUCUCAUCAAAAACAGUACUUGAGUGCGUCACAAGGGACUACGGUGUCUUCACAUAAAGACCUGAAAGAAAUCGUGGAAACAACAUUAGGGUCACAGGGCGUUCUCAACCAGGCCGUGAAACUGCCCAAGGGAGAAAACGUGAACGAAUGGGUCUCUGUGCAUUGUGUCGAUUUCUACAACCAGAUUAAUAUGCUGUAUGGAGCAAUCACCGAGUUUUGCUCGCCAGAUUCGUGUCCUCGCAUGAUAGCCACGAGCGAAUACGAAUACCUGUGGUACGUCAAGUCUGGAUCACCACCACUCUCCGUUUCUGCGCCCAAAUACGUUGAAUACCUCAUGAAAUGGUGUCAAGAACAAUUCGAUGACGAAACAGUUUUUCCUUCAAAGCCCAGCGUGCCCUUUUCAGCUGCAUUUAUCGAUACUAACGCCAGACCUAUUCUUAAAAGGCUCUUCCGCAUCUACGCUCAUAUCUAUUGUCACCAUUUCAACGAAAUGCUCGAGCUUAAUUUACAGACUGUGCUGAACACAAGUUUCAGGCAUUUUUGCCUCUUCACACAAGAAUUUCAGCUGCUGAAAAAACAAGACUACGGACCACUAAUUGAGCUAGUUCAAGAACUCAAGGACAGAUAA